GUAAAAUUACCAUAGUUGUACGCGGAAAGUAAACUGUACAAACACAACUAAGUCGAGAAUGAGGCGCCGCGAAGUUUUUUCCAUCCUCGUUGCGCUGACAGCGAGCGGGGUGUUUGCUGCGAAUGCCAAUGCAAAGGCGAGUGUUAGUACUAGCGAAUCAGCGGAGACGUCCGAGGCUUCCACCUCCAGCAGUGAAGCCGGGAAAGAACGCCAAGAACCUCUUCGCGAAUUCUUCCAUAUUAUAACAGAUACUGGCGUAUCCGAACCCGAAGAACUAGAAUUACCUGAUGCAGCUAUUUUUUCACCAAAAUCAGAGGCUUCAUCAAGUAGAUGUCGCCGAGAGAGAGGCGACGGAAUCAAAGACGUCAUGCUAUGCAAAUACAGACUAAGAAGUAGAGGAUGACAAAAAUUUCCUUGCGCGGGUCGCUAACCUGAAUGUGGCCUCUACUCCCGACUCUGCAGCACCUGAAGAUGACCUCGGCCGGAGCCCACUGGACUUUUGGCGAAAGCUCCCCAAAGUGAAGCGCAUCAGCGAGACGUGUAGAGCACGCUCCGGCCAACGGAGACACAAAAUAUGGGGCCGCGUAGUCUCGGACGCGCCGUCCGAUCAUCAAGAAGAGAACGACAUUGUUGUUGUUUUGAAAGCUUUGACCGGUGCAGAGGUGAUUCGUUUGCGUGGCGCAACAGGCACAGAGUCUUGGACGCGACGUACUAUAUUGGAUGUAGUGCGCAGGAAUUAUCCACUGCUCAUACGCGAUAAGCUGCGGCUGGUCAAGACUGGGUCGACAACCGGAGAAUCGUCGUCAAGCCUACAGGGUUGUGAUAAAUGUUGCGGCGAGGCGGAACACGACCAACAUCAAGAACAGGAUUUGCAGCCCCAUCCGAGCCUACCGCAUCGGAGGACUAUGAGCCUACCGCAUUCACGGACAGUUGUGACGAUGGGGAUCUGCUUGCCCUCAUCGAACACGAAGACGUGAAAGUUCACCCACGGUGUCCUGGCAGUAAUAAACUACUUUCCACAGGGCUUCCCUAUUAUUUUGACAGGUCGCGUCCUCGUGACGCGUCCUCGAUAGUGCCUCACUCGUUCGAAGCGGCGAAGCAUCAGAAAAAACUUGCGCAGAUACGGAUGGAAUAUACGAAGCAAUCUUUUAAAAACGAGUUGUCUGAGUUAUGACGGCCACUCUUUGUGCAUCUUCGUCCCUCAGAGCAUUUCUCUGACACCUCUCUGUUCCCUGACACCUCUCUGUUCCCAUAGGUAAAAAUGACAAGGAAAAGAAGGCUACGGAAAUGUUCUCGAAGGAUGAAAUGAAGCACGCCCUAACUGAUUACCUAACUAGAAGCGACGAGGUUCGCGACAGGUUCGGGGGACAUGUAGGGCAGCCUCGCGUUGACAAGGAAAUCACUAGAAUUUACGAUGAAGUCAGGGGAUAUACUAAUGAAGAUCGGACGUCCAGAAGAAGUGGGUCUGAUUGGGAGGAUCCUCAUGGAGAUUUGUCAGACUAGUGAAGAAGGAGAACCAGAUUGAGAAGUUGGAGGUUCUUGUUUAUCUCGGAGCUGGGUGAUACGCGCUACACCACGUUUACAGCUUCAUCGAUUGAGGCGCUUGAAGCACAUUUAUGAUAAAGAAUAGAGUCAGCUAUCAUUUCCUGGAAUUGCGUCGAUUAUUCCUGACGUCCGAAUCAUCAAAAGUCCACUGUUCAAUUACUGAUAGAUGUGCAGAGACAGUAGAGAAUUCUGAACACAAGGGUUUUUCGGAGGUCAAACAGCAAGAUGAACCAUGAUGGAUUGUUUUCUGUAUAAUUGAUGUAACAUGAAACUCGGGGUUUACUUUUUUUGGCCUAUCUAUAUCGUGAGGGACGCAAGCGCAACGGGAAGAAGCACGGACCAAGGUGCUGAAAGCGUACCCGUAUUUGAUCACCAUCGCUUCUCUAACUCAUAACUAUAGUUGUGGAGGGUCGAGAUUAUUAGAUGUUUAGAAGAAGAAAAAUAAUCGUGUCGCGAUAUUGUAUUCCCGAAUAGAUUAUUAAAGGAUUUAUCCACGCCACACGGCGUACGGGAAACAUAAGAUCGUGCCGUUCUCGAUGUCUUGCUUGGCAUACUGAAUAAAUGUGGACGCGAUCCGCGCUGACCACUGUUGUAGUACUGUGGUUGCCUGAUACUGGGUGAUGCAUGUUCUCCAAAAGUUGGGGAGGUUUCCUCUAGCCCGCACUCGAAGGCAAGUCGGGUAUCUGUAAUGUUAUGUUGAAUUGAUUGAGCAGCGUUGAUUUUGCAGAGGGGGGACGAACUACAGCUGCUGUCAACUCAUAUUCAUCAGGCAUGUUAGUCAUGCAGAGGCGGACUCACACAGGUGUAAAUUGCAAGAUGAAAAGAAUGCCAUUUACAGCAACAUUUUUGUACUUGUUCUCAACAGCAGUCUCGGUUGCAAAGAUCACUGAAUCUAUCUUCAGUUGUAAAUAUCCUAUUCUUGGUGUGGAGUCUUGGCUCAUCUUGGGGAUGGAUCGUAAUCAUGGCUGUCGAGCGAUGUACCCACAGAAACCUUCCUUCAUUCCCCCGCCUUCUUUCUAUCGUGAAUGUUGUCAUUUCCCCCGUAAACCGUUCAGGGAAAACACUACUUGAAACGCGACGUUGACGAUCAGAAAGACUUCUUGGACUUUUCAAUCAUGGUUCUGUGUAAAAAAUGUUGAAUGUUCUGUUGUAAAAGGAGAAAGGACAUUAACCG